CUCGCCUUUCAAAUCAAACUAUUUUAAGUAUCUUUUUACAUUAUAUAUAUCCGGCCUCUCUGCAUUUCCUGGGGCAUCUCUAACUUGAAGAUCUUCUGCAAUCGCAAUCUUCAAGAUAGCUAUAAUGGCUUCUUCUCUCUCGCUUUGUCUUGUCUUGGUGUUCUCCCUCUUUGUCAGCUUUGCAUUUGCAGCUAUCCCUCCAUAUCUUGAUGGAUAUCUGGCAAAUGGCAACUUUGAGCUUGGACCAAAGCGAUCAGACAUGAAGAAAACAACGAUUAUAGGGAAGUACUCACUGCCCAAAUGGGAGAUCAGUGGCUUGGUUGAGUAUGUCUCGGGUGGACCACAGCCAGGUGGCUUCUACUUUGCAAUCCCUCGUGGGGCGCAUGCAGCCAGACUAGGAAAUGAAGCUUCCAUAUCUCAGAUUGUGUCUGAUCUGAAGCCGGGAUCCAUAUACUCACUAACAUUUUCAGCUACGAGGACUUGUGCCCAAGAUGAGAUCCUGAGAGUUUCGGCCUCUGGUCGGUCAAGUGACCUCCCCAUUCAGACCUUAUUCAGCAGUGAUGGGGCAGACACUUAUGCUUGGGCUUUUAAGGCUUCUUCUUCUAGCGAAAAGGUCACCUUCCAUAACCCUGGUAUUCAAGAAGAUCCUACUUGUGGUCCUCUCUUAGAUGCUAUUGCAAUCAAGGAGAUACUCCCUCUCAAGUAUAGCAAAGGUAAUUUGGUGAAAAACGGUGGCUUUGAGACUGGUCCGCAUGUGUUCAAGAACUUCUCAACCGGAGUUCUUCUCCUUCCAAAACAACAAGAUCUGAUUUCACCACUUCCUGGAUGGAUCGUCGAGUCCUUGAAACCAGUCAAGUACAUUGACUCAAAGCACUUUUCAGUCCCAUCGGGAAGCGCUGCAAUUGAAAUAGUUGGAGGAAGAGAAAGUGCCAUUGCACAAGUUGUAAGGACAGUGAGUAACAAGCUCUAUGACCUAACCUUCACAAUUGGAGAUGCAAAGAAUGGUUGCCACGCAACAAUGGUGAUUGAAGCAUUUGCGGCUAAAGAUACUGUGAAGGCUAAUUUCACAUCUCAGGGGAAAGGAGGAUAUAAAUCUGCUAGUCUCAGGUUCCGGGCUAUAUCAGAUAGGACAAGGAUCACAUUCUUCAGUGCAUAUUAUCACACUAAAAUUAACGACUGGGGUCAUAUUUGUGGCCCUGUUUUGGACAAUGUUAGAGUCUGGCCUGCUAGAGUAUAAAACCAUAAGCUGAUCCUGCUUAUCAGAAAGCCAAAUAUUACUACAUCUGUGGUUUUUAUCGUCUAUUAGGAAUAUAAACCUAGCUGUAACUUCUUUUUGUAACUGUAUCUGGAAACUACUAAAGAGACAAAAGUGAGCUUUAUAUGUUUGCCGACAUGAUUUCUGUUGUACUCCAUGUAAUAACUGAUGAUUUAUACACUAUGUUAGCUUUGUUUUGACCCACUUCA